CGUUCUGCCCGUGCCUCUUCUCCUCAGGACCUGUCCGUCCUCCUCCGGGCUACAAGAAGGCAGACGAUGAGAUGUCCCGGGCCACGUCUGUUGGAGACCAGCUGGACGCACCAGCCCGCACCAUUUACCUCAACCAACCGCAUCUCAACAAAUUCUGUGACAACCAGAUCAGUACGGCCAAGUACAGCGUGGUGACGUUUCUACCUCGAUUCUUGUAUGAGCAGAUCAGGAGAGCUGCCAAUGCCUUCUUCCUCUUCAUUGCCUUAUUACAGCAAAUUCCAGAUGUAUCUCCAACAGGAAGAUACACCACCCUGGUGCCAUUGAUCAUUAUUUUAACCAUCGCAGGCAUCAAAGAGAUUGUAGAAGAUUUUAAGCGACAUAAGGCAGACAAUGCAGUUAACAAAAAGAAAACCAUAGUGUUAAGGAAUGGUAUGUGGCAAACCAUUGUGUGGAAAGAGGUGGCCGUGGGAGACAUCGUCAAGGUCGUCAACGGGCAGUACCUCCCAGCAGACGUGGUCCUGCUCUCCUCCAGUGAACCUCAGGCAAUGUGUUACGUUGAAACAGCCAACCUGGACGGGGAGACGAACCUUAAAAUACGUCAGGGUUUGAGUCACACUGCGGACAUGCAGACGAGGGAGGUGCUCAUGAAGUUGUCCGGGACCAUAGAGUGCGAAGGGCCCAAUCGCCACCUCUACGACUUCACCGGGAACUUGAACUUGGAUGGGAAAAGCCCCGUUGCCCUUGGGCCGGACCAGAUCUUAUUGAGAGGCACACAGCUUAGAAACACUCAGUGGGGCUUUGGCAUAGUUGUUUACACUGGACAUGACACCAAGCUCAUGCAGAAUUCCACCAAAGCCCCUCUCAAGAGGUCGAAUGUGGAGAAGGUAACCAACGUGCAGAUCCUGGUGCUGUUUGGCAUCCUCCUGGUCAUGGCCCUGGUGAGCUCGGUGGGGGCCCUGUACUGGAACGGCUCUCAAGGAGGGAAGAACUGGUACAUCAAGAAGAUGGACGCGACCUCAGACAAUUUUGGAUACAACCUGUUGACAUUCAUCAUCCUCUACAACAAUCUGAUUCCCAUCAGUCUGCUGGUGACUCUUGAGGUUGUGAAGUACACACAAGCCCUCUUCAUAAACUGGGACACAGAUAUGUACUAUCUAGGAAAUGACACCCCUGCCAUGGCCAGGACGUCAAACCUUAAUGAAGAGCUUGGCCAGGUAAAAUAUCUAUUUUCUGACAAAACAGGAACUCUUACAUGCAAUAUCAUGAAUUUCAAAAAGUGUAGCAUUGCUGGGGUAACCUAUGGUCAUUUUCCAGAACUGACAAGGGAACCAUCCUCAGAUGAUUUCUCCCGGAUUCCUCCUCCACCUAGUGAUUCCUGCGACUUUGAUGACCCCAGGCUCUUGAAGAACAUUGAGGAUCAUCAUCCCACAGCACCCUGCAUCCAGGAGUUCCUGACCCUGCUGGCCGUGUGCCACACCGUGGUCCCCGAGAGGGAUGGGGACAGCAUCGUCUACCAGGCCUCCUCCCCAGACGAAGCCGCUUUGGUCAAAGGGGCCCGGAAGCUGGGCUUUGUCUUCACAGCCAGAACGCCAUACUCUGUCAUCAUCGAGGCCAUGGGACAGGAACAGACAUUUGGAAUCCUGAACGUCCUGGAGUUCUCCAGCGACAGAAAGAGAAUGUCUGUGAUAGUGCGAACUCCUUCAGGACAGCUUCGACUCUACUGUAAAGGGGCUGAUAACGUGAUUUUUGAGAGACUUUCAAAAGAUUCAAAAUACAUGGAGGAGACUCUCUGCCACCUGGAGUACUUUGCCACGGAAGGCUUGCGGACUCUGUGCGUGGCUUACGCCGACCUCACUGAGCGGGAUUACGAGGAGUGGCUCCAAGUCUACCAGGAAGCCAGCACCAUCCUGAAGGAUCGCGCUCAGCGGCUGGAGGAGUGCUACGAGAUCAUCGAGAAGAAUCUACUGCUACUUGGAGCCACCGCCAUAGAAGAUCGACUUCAGGCAGGCGUGCCGGAAACCAUAGCAACUCUAUUGAAGGCUGAGAUUAAAAUAUGGGUGUUGACAGGUGACAAACAAGAAACUGCUAUUAAUAUAGGUUAUUCCUGCCGGUUGGUGUCACAGAACAUGGCCCUUAUACUACUGAAGGAGGAUUCUUUGGAUGCCACCCGGGCGGCCAUCACCCAGCACUGCGCUGACCUCGGGAGCCUGCUGGGCAAGGAGAACGACGCGGCCCUCAUCAUCGACGGCCACACCCUCAAGUACGCGCUGUCCUUCGAGGUCCGGAGGAGCUUCCUGGACCUGGCCCUCUCGUGCAAGGCGGUCAUCUGUUGCAGGGUGUCUCCUCUGCAGAAGUCGGAGAUAGUGGACGUGGUGAAGAAGCGGGUGAAAGCCAUCACCCUGGCCAUCGGGGACGGUGCCAACGAUGUGGGGAUGAUCCAGACGGCCCACGUGGGUGUAGGCAUCAGCGGGAACGAGGGCAUGCAGGCCACCAACAACUCGGAUUACGCCAUCGCUCAGUUUUCCUACUUGGAGAAGCUCCUGCUGGUUCACGGUGCCUGGAGCUACAACCGGGUGACCAAGUGCAUCCUGUACUGUUUCUACAAGAACGUGGUGCUCUACAUCAUUGAGCUUUGGUUUGCCUUCGUUAAUGGAUUUUCUGGGCAGAUUUUAUUUGAACGUUGGUGCAUCGGCUUGUACAACGUGAUUUUCACGGCGCUGCCCCCCUUCACGCUGGGCAUCUUCGAGAGGUCUUGCAGCCAGGAGAGCAUGCUGAGGUUCCCACAGCUCUACAAGAUCACCCAGAACGCCGAGGGCUUCAACACCAAGGUUUUCUGGGGUCACUGCAUCAACGCCUUGGUCCACUCGCUCAUCCUCUUCUGGUUUCCCAUGAAAGCGCUGGAACAUGAUACUGUGUUGGCCAAUGGUCAUGCCACAGACUAUUUAUUUGUUGGAAAUAUCGUUUAUACGUAUGUUGUUGUUACUGUUUGUCUGAAAGCUGGUUUGGAGACGACAGCUUGGACAAAAUUCAGUCACCUGGCCGUCUGGGGAAGCAUGCUCAUCUGGCUGGUGUUUUUUGGCAUCUACUCGACCAUCUGGCCCACCAUUCCCAUCGCUCCAGACAUGAAAGGACAGGCAACCAUGGUUCUGAGCUCUGCGCACUUUUGGCUGGGAUUAUUUCUGGUUCCCACCGCAUGUCUGAUCGAAGACGUGGCAUGGAGAGCGGCCAAGCACACCUGCAAGAAAACACUGCUGGAGGAGGUGCAGGAGCUGGAGACGAAGUCCAGAGUGAUGGGCAGAGCAAUGCUCCGGGACAGUAACGGAAAGAGGAUGAACGAGCGAGACCGGCUGCUAAAGAGGCUGAGCAGGAAGACGCCGCCCACCCUCUUCCGGGGCAGCUCCCUCCAGCAGUCCAUGCCACAUGGGUAUGCCUUCUCCCAGGAGGAACACGGAGCCGUGACUCAGGAGGAAAUCGUCCGCGCCUACGAUACCACUAAGCAGAAAUCCAGGAAGAAGUAGGACGCUGCCUCUGGCCGGAGCGCAAGAAAAGACUCAUGGCAGCAGCCAAAACACCGCAACACGUCCUGUGGCCUUAGCCCAUUCCUUCGCUCCGUGCCCCGGCGAGCCUGGACCCGGACCGCCGGGGCGCCCCACGCCCUCCCUGCUCGUCCGCCGUGCUCGGCCCGACUCUUGUUCAAGCGUUCAACUGUGCGCUGUGAGGUGUGAAAUUAAAACCAUUAUGUUCCCCAGUAUUUACACAUCCGUCCGGGUGGCUCUGGGAGAACAGGGAGAGGCUUUCAUGCUGCGUGAGGAGCCCAGCUUGGGGGUCGGAUACCCGCAGGUUUGUUCCGCAGGCUGCACGGAACCUUCCCUCAAGGUGGACAGCCCGCUGUCUUUGAUGUCCCCUGUGUUUGUAUGAAGUUGGCAUCAUCAUCUUGAUUGCAAUGAAGUCAUAAACAUAGGUAUCUGGGUGGUAAACCUGAGAAGAACUUUUGGAACCUCAGUCACAGUCUCAGCAGGGCAGACCCGCCAGGGUCCGCACAGUCUCCUGACCCCUCCUGCCCGGCGCCUCCUGGCCGGGCGCCCCAAUAAGUCCUGCUGCAUGGUUGGCCCUGCGCUUGGUGCAUGGCAGCUGCAGGCACCCACUCCGACCCUCACCCUCCCUCCUUCUCCCCCAGAUUCAGAAACGGAUGCAAGAAACCCCCCUUCUUCUCUAUCUAAAGAAACAGCAAUUUGCAUAUAUUCCAAGUGUUUAUCUUCCUCUUCCUGGCAACAAGGAGGCCUGCGGGUCAGGGUGAUGUGGACUUGAUGGAGCCCUGCCUGCUCUGCUCAGGCUCGCAAAUCUCAUUUUCUGGCCUCCAGACCCCUGGACCUUGGCACCUGCUUAAAUUAGAACUCACACUCGUUCUCUUGGGAGUUCAGAGCACAUUUUGGAUUUCGAGUAAAUUUACAGCACGUCUCCCCAGCAAAGGAACACACCAGUCGCUCCAGACUCUGGGAGGAUAAAUAGCCUAGUGAGGGUCCCUGAAGGUGCAGAGGAAGACAGCAACUGCAGGGGAGUGGCGGCAGAGACACCGAAGGAGGACGCUUUUCCUGCAAAUCGCAGUAGAAUUCUGAAAUCAAGCGCAAAGCCCAGAUAGUCGUCAUGAUCAGCCUACAGUGUCCACAGGCCUGCAGUCUUAAUUGAACAGAGCUCCAGAUGUUUCAAGCAAGCGGCCUUUCUUACCUGGACAGGUUUUCCUUCCUAUCCUGCCCGUGUUAGAUACAAGCAGCUGUCUGAAUAGGAGGGUCCCUGAUUCCAACACGGGGUGGGGGGGGUGGGGGUUGGGGUGGCCACGUGUUUGUCCAAGUUCUGAACGGGACAAAACCCAGGUGCCUUCAGGCGGGAAGGCACCACCUGGAACCAGCCUGGAGGCAUGUCCCCUGCUUGCAGCUUUGUUGCCAAACCAGCUAAUUGGAUGGUGUAACAUCAAUACUUCUGGGCAGCUGUUGCUGGUUAAAACGACACAGUUCCCCUGGGGAGGGCCGUGCUAAAUUACAAAAUAAAACAAUGGGGCAUUUUGCUUCCUCAGCUUCUUUUCAGAGCAUCCGCGUCUGAUUGGGCAUUGAGAUCAUUUAGGGUAUAAUCUGCCUGGCUUACAGAAAACGAGAGGUGAUGAGAGCCCAGAGAGGGCUCCAGGGCAAGCAGAACAGCACAGCAAACAGGCAAGGUUAGGAAAAUUGCCCCUUCUCCCUUCCCAAGGUCUGAGACAUUUUAAACACUAGGGCAACCAGAGAGAGGAGAGGUUGAGGACCCUUGAGCAGGAAUCACAACAAAAUACGUGCCUGUAAUUAACACACAAAGUCAGGCAGAUGUCCCACCUUCACACACAGGAGGAGGAAGUCCUAAAUACAGAGGAGAAAUGAACCUUUGGAUUGAGCUGCGCUAGGCACCCAGGACAAUUUGGUGUCAUCUGGGAACUAAGCCUGGUUGGAAAAGGGAAUUCAAACUCAAUUUUUUUGUCAAACAUUUGGCUGGCUCUUGAAGCCUUCCGAAUCAGAUUUGCGAAUUACUGUGUGCACUUUUUUAGGGCUUUAUGGUUUUCAUUUUUCACGUUGAAAUACAGUUCCGAGUUUUCUGAGAUUGAAGUAUAUUUUCCAGCUCUCUUGAGAAGUAGACUAAACAGCCUUUGCAGUCAUGAAAGACGCACAGAGAAGGAAGCACUAGAGAGAUGCCUUUCUAUUUAUUCUCUCCCACGAUUAAGCUAUCUUGUAGCCAAAUGACUAAACUGGGUGUCCGGGAGGAGCAGCUGUCACUGUGUGAGAUGCAUGACAUUCAGCUGGGGUGACUCGGGCUGUGUUGUUUGUCCUAUCUUUAAAUUGAGGUCAGAGUGUCGCACACAAGCCCUUCCCUGGGAGCAGGGUGGGCCGACUAAGCUCCACGCUGUCAGCUCUGUGGAGAUGCCACCUGGGACUUGUCACUCUGCCACACGGAACGUGACACAGGCCAGCAGGUCGGCACUGCAGGGCCUGACAUUCGAUUGGGCUAAAAUGGCAGAUCCCACUCGGACCCAGUGCUGGGCUAGCCUGGUACCCAGACUGCUGAUGUGCGUUUGAACCUUUGCUCGGUGCCGGCUGCCUCUGCAGACAGAAGAGAGCAGCCUCCCAGCUUUCAGCUCUGCACCGGCGAGCAUGGGUGGGUGCCUGCACGCUGAGAGGAGAAGAUGAGAAAGCAGAAGAAAUCAGCCAUUUCUGCUGGGCUGUUGGGAUUAGCCUGUGAUCACCAGUCUGGGGACUUGGUCAUAAUGUUUGGGUGUCACUGAUGGCUCUGGUCUCUAGGCAGAAUAUUUCAGACUUCUUGACCAGUGUUACAUUCUCCCAUCUCCCAACACACAUACACACAACAACAACAACAACAACAAAAAACCCUGUGCUUUGGAGAAAGGAGAUGCUGUGCCUUUAACAUUUGCAGUGAAACCCUAACAUGGAAGCCUGGGCUUUGGUGGACCACAGCUGAGAGCUCUGCUGGUCUUUGCUUUCCCCUGACAAAGCUUUAGGUCUUGCUGUAGGGAGCUGGCAGUGAAAAUCUAUAAUCACUUGUCCAGAAACUGUGAAUCAUGAAAAAGUGAGUAUAAGUAACUAAUAUCUGAAAAUGCAUAUGGACAUAAUAUUAUCAACUAUAUGGUUGAAUUUUCUUUAAAGAAAGCUCUAGUCUAUCAUCUCAUUGUUAUAACAAUGACCCUUUAUCUUUUUGAACCAUAAAGAAGAGAAUUUUCUAUCAUAGUCCCACUCCUAGAGAUUUACAUCCUGGACCACAGGUUGAAUAGAAUGUUUUCAAAGCUCUGCUCUAAGAUAAGGUGGUCUUUAGUUUUGAACAUGUGAAAGAACUACACACAUUUCAGCCAGGGUUUGAAUUACUGCCCAGGGUUACUGUCCCCAAGUAACUCAAGGGUGAUUCAGGCUCAGCAUUUGAAAUGUAGCCUUUAUCUCCUGGGAGCCAUAAAGAAUUUUAACAGGGAAACUGGUUAAGCAGAGCCUGAAAUAAUGUAGCAAAGAAGAGAGUUUAUCAGGUCAAGUUAAAGGAUGCCACCCCCCGCCCCAUCAUAUUCAUUAAACAAUUUCUUCAUGCAGAUGCUUAAAUUAGAAAAUAUUCGAGUGAUGGAGACAGUGAAAAUAAAGCAUCCCUUCCCAAAAAAUAGAGCAAUACAGCAGAGGCUCUAUGGUUUUAAGUCUGUUCUUGGUCUCUGUAAGUCUUGGGGGAAAAUUAUUUUGCCUCAUAUUAGCCAUCUUUCCAUCUUGAAGAACUAAGAGGACAGUUAGAAGAUUUUCCAACGGGUCUUAGAGGUCAGGACCUGAGAUCCUAUGUAAUGACAAAUUAACAAGUGUUCCCAAAAGGAAGGGACCCAUGAUACUCAACGUAUCAGACUCUUCACUGAGUUUUUCUUGUAUCCUCCAGUGCCCAGCAGCUCACGCCUCCACUCUUUUUUACAAGAGCUUCAUUUAAUGCCAGACCUCCAGCUCCAGCUGUUUAAAGGGCUUCUGGUUUUUUGGGUCUACACGGGAAUCCUUGCAGCGAGAAGAAAGCCCUGGGAGCCCACAGCAGCUCCAAGCGGCUAGAGCUGUGAAACAAGCAGCAGUGGAGGAGGGGCGCACGCCCCUCUGUCCCCACACCACAUAGAGCCCAUACCUGUCACCCAGCAGAGCCCCCUGCUCCCCUGAUGGGGGGGGGGGGGGGUGGACAGGAAGGAGACAAGAGAGCGAUUCUUCUGACACCCAGGCCGGCUCGUUUUCAAGUGACAAUCUCUCGUCCGAGUUGCCUUAGCGAUAUCUACUCCCAGGCAUCAGACCAAGAAAAACACGCUCCCGAGAUUAGCCCAUCAGCAUUUCUCCUGACCUGGUCACAGAAAGGAGACCUGUGCAUUUUAAAAGCCGGGAACAAAGUGUCAGGUGGCUUUGAUUUAUGACGGAAGAGGAAGAAGCAAGUGGAAAGACUGGCGCUAUCCAAAUAACCCUGCCCGGGGAAACCCGGGGUCAAGAGAGCCUUCUCAAGAGCCUCUCACAAGCCAGCCUGACAGUGUGGAGAAAGGGCCAGCAGGAGGGGGUCCGCCUGAGGGUCAGGAUGUGAACCCACUUCCUUCCGAAGGACCGGAGCCGGCCGGGGUCCUGAGACGGCUGGGCGUGCAGCUACAGGCAGAGCAGGAGACACCAGGUACAGAACAGAAAGACAACCUGCUUUGUCUCAGGGCCUCCCUCCGCCCCACGAGGUCCCUGCACAGGGGAAUGCGUUUGCAGUUUUCCAUUAAUAAAGUCAACCCAAGUCCAGUCGCUCUUACUCCACCUGCCCUCUCCCGGGUGGCUGAGCUGGGAGGUGUGUUGGGCUGCUACCCCCAGUCCCCCUGCCCCCAGGGCCUACAGCCCUGACAGGUCACCCUUCCGGUUGUGGUCUGAACGUGCCACCCUGCAGUGUCUCCUUCACUUGGGCAAAGCCACGUGUUCUCCUUUCCAUUGUCACAUCUGUGCUGCCACUGCUGAGAUGGCAUUUGGCUGGGAGAUUUCAUCUGGUUAUGCAGAGGGAAGGGGGCAUGGGGAGGGGGGAGCUAGCUUAAUUGGCUCCCAGCAGAGUGGGCAGCUCUUCUCUGGAGUAUAGGGGUCCUGUCCUCCCCCUCUAGAAGUCUUACUACCGUCCUCAUGUCCUAUUAACGUCCUCUGGUUGUUAAAUUACAGCAGUCUUUAGCCAGAACAGGGGAGCUGGGGGUUCCUCGUGGAGUGAAUACAAAUGAAGGGCAUUUAUUGGUAUUUUGGGGAGGGGGGGUUGGAAAAUGUAGUGAUGCGUGGCUUUGAUCAAUCCUCUUGACUGGUGUAUGUCUGCACAAACCUGUUUCAAAUAAAUCUUUUGUUAAAGUAAA